UUAUUUCUAGAAGCAAAACAACAAAAAAAUUCAAAUAUGACCACAAUAUUGACCAUUUGUGGCGAAAAAUUUACUCAUUUAAGAUAAAAUAUUUAAAGAAUAACCGCAAAACCCCUGUAAAAAAUUCAAAUUUUCGUUGUCACUGGCGCGUGACGCCAGCUGAGCUCUUACGUGUUGUGGUCUGGAAUGUGUGAAACGUUAAUUUUGUCGAAACAAUACGUUUUUUGUAGAGAAUUGUUUAAUUGUUUAGCGGUUUGUGUCGGAGGAGGUAUUAGUCUUCUGUUCUUUAAUUAAGUUCUGUUAGGGGCCUGUGCGGUUAUAAUUAAUUACGUUUUAAAUGUCUUGUUCAUUAUCAUACUUGCAAAUCAUAGAAAGCGGUAUGUAAAGCGAAGCUUAUCGUAGUUGAUAAUCCGGUAUGAAAUAAGCUUAUUUGUAGUAGCUAAGCCGACGAGUUUGGGAUAUCUCCUUAAGUUUGGACCGUUGUCAAAAGAGUAUUAAAUCUUUGUCUGAAUGGCAAUGACACAAGAGAACUGAUAAAUUUACCUCAGUUAUUUAAUUCCACAGUUUAUCUUGAUAACUUAACCGUUCGCUUAGUACAUAAUUUGAAUGGGUUGGUGAAGCAUAAGAUUACGAAAAGUGAGUUAUGUUGUCUAAGAAAAUGUCCACACCCAUCCAGAGGGUACAAGUAAGAUCAGAAACUAUUUAAAUAUUAUGCUCUCAAAAGUUCCUCUUUUCUCCGAGGAGUGUAAAAAGAUAGCAGAAAGCUGUCGUGAUCACAAAUGAAACUAGGACGUUCAGGAAUGCGCACCUCUUAACUCAAGGGCAUUUGAAUUAAAUGAACCAUGUGGAAUUUUUUGGAUGGUCACACUCAUGUGAGAAAGAGGGUGCUUGUGGUGUGAUUAAAAAAAAAAAAACAAUCAAACAGGGGAAAAAUAUCCUUGGUGGCUUAGGUUUUAAUAUUUUCUGGUGUUUUAACAUUAUCAAAUUGAAAGCUAUGUUGGACCUGUUAAAUGCUGUUCAUCUGUGUUGUUUUUUUCAGUAUGGCCUGAGAAGAGAUUGGGGUGCUAACAAGUCUAGGCUAGCACUAGUUACCAUUUAAUGUUAUAUGUGUUCCCAUGGAACCGUCUCAAGCUUAAACAUGAGACAAAGUUGCAAAAGGAAUUUUUUGAAAAGAAGCGGCAUUUCAGGAACAGCAACUCAAGUACAGUUAAGAGGGUUAGUAAAGCAACAGCUCAAGCAAGCCAAGAUCUCCUCAGUUUGGAGGUAAUCAUGGUAGCUCACAGGGAGAAAAAAGAGCAGAAAAAAGAUAAAAGAGGCCAUAUCUCACAGACCAUUGGUCAUACCAGCUUCAAGAAAUCUAGCCAAGCAUCAUGCUCCAGGGAAAGUUCCUUGAAGCAGCCGCAGCACAUAUUUCCAGAGCUCUCCCCCAUCAGACCCAAGAUACCAGCUGUAAAUCUCAAAAAGGAUGGGCAAGGCAUUCACCUUCACUCAGAGUUAGAAGAUCAAGAGUUUGUCUUCAGUAGAAGGCCUUUACCAGCCUUAUGCACUGAUGGAUGCUAUUCCCAAUCUGACAGACAAAUAAUAACAGACCAUGAAAAGCCCUGAAGUAUACUGAUUUUCCCUUUAAAUCAAACACGUUAAACCUUCGGAGGUUGAAUUGCAGUUUUGAAUGAGGCAGCCAUAAUUUUGUGUCCCAUAAAGUUGCAAGCUCAUGAAUGAAUCUAUGAACUAAAACUUGUUGCAAAUUUUUUUAAAAAAUUACAGUUGUUUAGGUGUUGAGCUUGAAAACAGAUAUUACACGCUUUAAAAUUUACAUUUUUUCAGAGAGCAAACCUUGUUUGUAUGCUAUUUUUUAUAGCUGUAAUAACAAUUUAUAAUAUUAAUUAGACUAUUAUUUAUGAAGAAUAUGUGAUAGGUAUUGUUAUUUAUUUACCCAGUGAGAGAGUCCUAAGGAAAUGAAUAUCAAUCUUGAUGUUUGAUGUAUGUUCAAGAAACGACUUAAAAAAUUAUUUUUGCUUCUUUGAAAAUCUGAGGUUCUUAAGAAACUUGUUGAAUGUAGCUAAAUCUGGGAAAAAACCAAUACAAAUGAAAUAUUUUUCUGAGAUAGUUUGACAAUUUUGAAUAUUAUCCUUAUCCUUUUUGUGUAAAUAAAUGUGUGCUUACUGAGGAAGGAUGAGGAAGCAGCCAGGGGUUUUAUUAAGGGCCUUGGCACCCGGCAAAUUGACCAGUUGUGAGGACGGUUAUGCCAACCUGACGAUCUGGAAGAAAGUUAAAUUACCUUAUAAGGAAGUUCAAUUCAAAAAGUUUUGCACGCCCAUGAAAACCAGUUGCCGUCCUGCUGAAAACGUUAUGGAACCCCUGGGAAGCUAAGGUGUUGCACUGCAUAAGUUUUGAGUUAAUGGCAUUUUAGACAGGACAGCUGUCAUCCCUUAGGACACCCUCAUAGUCUUCGCAGGCUUUUCUCAGUAUUCGUAAUCAACUCUUGAAUACUUUCUGUCAUCAAGCAAAGUGUCAGCCUGAGAAUUUACCAAGGGUUUUUUUUUGAAGGGGAGGGGGAGGGGCAUUAAAUUUUUUUAAGUGCUGUGAGAAGAGGCUACACCAAUUCUGGCAGUCAACUGGUUUGGUUUUCUUUCCAAGCUUCAUGUUACAGUGUAUAGUCUUGAAAUAAUGAAGUACAAGUAUUAAAGUUUCUAAAAAUGAAAUGUUUGUGUGCUAUUAAAAUGUCUAUAACUUGUGCACCUGCUGAAGAAAGAAAGACCCACACAACAAAGUGCUUACUUGAAAUGCCUUAAAUAUCAACAUUACCCAGUAUUUAUUUAGCAGAUCUUAUUUUUCUAUUACAAAUCUGUUUCUCUGCUAAGUCAAAUGACAAAAAUACAAAGUAAUUCGGGAGCAGGUAUGCAUUUAGUAAUAUCCUCUUAAAGCUACACCUUGCGCGCAACACUAAUUCUAUAAGGAUGCUGACUUUUAGUAAAAUAAAUAUUAAUUAAAACACUGCCUGAAAAUGGGCACAUGUUUAGGCCUUUCAAAUAAGCUGUAAGUUACAGUUAGCAUCAAGAUCAUCAUAUAAGAAUCAACAAAAAUUCAACAUUGAAUAAUAGAACAACUCGUAAAGAGAGAAUUCCAGGAUCAUAAUAAGUAACUGGCAAAGUGAGGUGUGCCCUUAACUAUAGAAGAGUACAAUGCAGGGUUUAUAAAAAUACCUGAAGGCUAUCAUGAUUUUAAUAUGUCUGUUCAUGAGAGACCUAUUUCCACCUGAGCUAAAAGUUUGAACAGGACUCAACUGGUCCAGGGUAGAAUUUUAUCCCUGCCAGUAUCUAUAACAUGAAUCAACUCUAGAGCAGAUUUGCCUCUCCAUCUGAUUAAAAUCCUGGUAAAUUACAAGUAAUCCCAUUUUUAAAGGUUCUCUGACAGUUUUCUACUUUGCCAAAGUUAAUACAUUUUAAUUUUUGUAAAAAAUACUUCAUUUGGAAUUCUUUCAUCAGUAUGAAAUCUAUUAAAACGAUUUAACCAGGUUAAAAUACUUGUCAUAAACAUUUAUUUUGUAAAAGUGAUUUUUUACUUCUUUGACACCAGCAAACUAUACGAGCAGCAAACUUUAGUCUGGGAACUAACUUCACUUUUCAAAUAUAUCAUAUAUAUAUUUUUUAUCUGUUAAAAAUAGUUCAUGGUUGCUGAGACACUCCUUUUAAGAGAAUACUCAUAUUACACUGUAUCAUUGACACUGCAAUUAAAUUACCAAAUGUUAAUGAAAAUUAUCACAUCAAACUUUUUAAAAAAGCUUAUAUUAAGAUGCUGUAUAAUAUUCCUUUCACACCAUAAAAUUUAAAAUGCUCAGAUUUAAAAAUCUGUUUAAGAUGAACAUUUAAAGAUAAAAAAUCCAUUGCCAAAAACCUUGGAAGUCAAGUACUGGAUCCUAACUGGACAACAUUAAAACAUUAUUUCCAUUUGCUCGCCUGCAAAGGAGUUAACUUGGACCAUAAGCAACUGUGUUAAACCUCUGGUAAAAUAUAACUGACAUGCAACAAAAAAACACACAUAGGCUUGUGUUAAUGUUGCAUGAGAUAUAUUUUUCUCAUAAAUUGUAAAUGUGGUUGCAUGAUGCUCUGAUUAACCCUUUAAAACCUAACAUCUCUAUCCAUGUUCUCCAUAUUGUUUUCUAUAGAUUUCCUAUGCGAGAGUUUGUCUAACAAUCAAGAGAGUUGAGUUUGCCAUCUUCCCUUUUUUUUCUUACAACCUUCAUGUUUGUUUCAGGAAUGAUGUUGUGAAGAGAAAUUCCAUGCUAGAUACUCUCAGGGGUUAAAAAGUUAAUAACUUUUACACUGAAGAGCAAACAGGUCUAUAAAGUUUGCUCUUGGCUACCAAACUGGACUUAAGUAAUCAUAAGUAAUAAUAUCUCCGUAUGAUGCACGAUCCGGGUUUAUUACAAAUCAACUUAACGGCCUGCUCCCAGUUGGCUUGUUAGCUCAA